AUGAAAAUAGACUAAAAUUUAGUUGCAUUUAUUACUGGUGCUUCAAGUGGAUUUGGAUUAGAGGUGGCAAAAGACCUUUUAGAAAAAGGAUGUAAAUGCUAUUUAACAGACAGAGACAAUAUAGAUCCAAAGUUCCUUGCUAGCUAUCCAAAAGAUAGAGUUGUAUUCAGAAAUUUAGAUGUUACAGACGAAGAAGGAAUAAAAAAAGCUAUUGAAGAUUGUGCAAUAUAAUUUGGACAUAUAGAUGCUGUUUUAAAUAGUGCUGGUGUUAAUAUUCCUGCUUAUUUAUCAAUAAUUGAUGAAAAAUUCAGUCCCACACAUGUUAAUAAAUGCUUUAAUAUAAAUGUUGUUGGUACUUUUAAUGUGAGUAAAUAUGCAGCUCUUUAGAUGGUAAAAUAAUAGAAUCAAGCAUAAUAGAAAAAAGAUUAUGUCAUAGUUAAUGUUGGUAGUGUUGCUUCAUUUAAUUCUAAUAACGGGAUGAGCAUUUAUGGAGCAUCUAAAGGAGCUGUAGCUGCUAUGACUCUUCCUAUGUCUAGAGACUUAGGAAGAUAUGGAAUUAGAGUUGUUUGUAUGUGCCCAGGUGUUUUUGAUACGCCAAUGGGUAAAAGUGCUCCUGAAAGGUUAUAUAAAGCUACAGCUAAAGGAACUUGCCUUGGAAGACAUGGCCAUCCUUCUGAGUUUAGCAACGCUUUUCAAGGAAUUCUUGAAUCUACUUUUAUGAAUGGAAAUCACUUUUUCUUAGAUAGCUCGUUUGCAACUCCUUCACUUUGA